CUGAUUAGGAGAUCUCCAUGGACACAGUGUAAAUGGGACUUACUGACAGAGUUCACUGCAGCCCAGGGACAUCACACUCACAGGAGGCUCUGGAGGAGGGAAGGGGCCGGGUCUUACCAAGAGGCAAAAUCUGUGUCACUUUUCAAACUUCUUUCAAGCUAUUCAUUAGCCUGGUGUGCAAGCUGUGGCAGCAUUGUCUUCUAUGGGGGACAGUCAGCAUUUCUGAAUAAGUGACUACGGCUCAUCUAUCCGUACACUCAGAAGCGAGCGGAUUGCACGUGGUAAGAAGCCAAGUUUUCCUUGCAGUCAGUCCCGUACACAGAUUGUUGUAGGCACACAUGGACAUUAGUGCUGUGAGUGCAUGACUAAUCUCUCCCUCCCUGGAAGGAGGAUCUGAAAGCACACUCAGUCUUCCUGUUUUCUUGGAGGGAUAUCUGGACUCUGGACACAGUGUGGGGCAGCUUGCAUUUGGAUCAGAGGGGGAUAUAUACAUCUAUAUCUUCCUAACACAACAAGGCUGCCCCUCUAAGCCCUCUUCUCUUUCAUUUGCAAGUGGACUGGUUAACUCUGCAGACUUUCACGUUUGCCCUACCAGCCUGUGUCGGCGCUGCUGAUUGUGGGAGCUGUGGAUCUCAGCUUUUGAUACAGUAUUAUGGCCAUGGUGGUUAAUCCUUGGCAGGAAGACAUCCCAGGGGUGGGAGCCUCUCAGGUGAGCAAUCCACCUGGGCUGUGCAAUCAAGAUCCUGGGGGCACACCUCAAACGCCAAGCACGCCUAAAGGAGUCGUCCCAGGUCAGGACCCUGUUCAUUCAGGGGACAAAGGAGUUCCCAAUGUGGACUGUAUGGUGUGUGGGGACAAAUCGAGUGGCAAGCACUAUGGUCAGUUUACCUGUGAAGGGUGCAAGAGCUUCUUCAAGAGAUCAGUGAGAAGGAACCUCACCUACACUUGUAGGGGUAACAGAGACUGUCCUAUAGACCAGCAUCAUAGGAACCAGUGCCAGUACUGUCGCCUAAAGAAGUGCCUGAAAGUUGGCAUGAGGAGAGAAGUCCAGCGUGGCAGAAUGUCGCACCCCCAGACCAGCCCUGGCCAGUAUGCUCUGAACAACGUUGAUCCUUACAAUGGUCACUCUUACUUAACGGGAUUCAUCUCCUUGCUCCUCCGUGCAGAACCAUACCCAACAUCUCGAUAUAGUGCCCAGUGCCUACAGCCCAACAACAUCAUGGGAAUCGAGAACAUCUGUGAAUUGGCUGCCCGUCUGCUCUUCAGUGCCAUUGAGUGGGCCAAGAACAUUCCCUUCUUUCCCGACUUCCAGCUCUCUGACCAAGUCUCACUUCUUCGCAUGACUUGGAGUGAGCUUUUCGUUCUCAAUGCUGCUCAGUGUUCCAUGCCUCUUCAUGUGGCGCCAUUGCUAGCGGCAGCCGGCCUCCAUGCCUCUCCCAUGUCUGCUGAUCGAGUUGUGGCUUUCAUGGACCAUAUCCGAGUCUUUCAAGAACAGGUGGAAAAGUUGAAGGCACUUCAUGUUGAUUCUGCUGAGUACUCCUGCCUGAAAGCUAUUGCAUUGUUUACACCUGAUGCAGUGGGAUUGUCUGAUAUUGGCCAUGUGGAAAGCAUUCAGGAGAAAUCCCAAUGUGCCCUAGAAGAGUAUGUUCGAAACCAGUAUCCUACCCAGCCGACGCGGUUUGGUCGCCUUCUACUCCGCCUGCCAUCAUUGCGUAUUGUCUCAGCACCAGUUAUAGAACAACUCUUCUUUGUGCGUCUAGUUGGAAAGACACCCAUUGAGACUCUUAUUCGGGACAUGCUCUUGUCUGGCUCCAGCUUUAACUGGCCUUACAUGUCUAUGCAGUAAAGAGGUUCUUUCGAAACCCUUGGACUUCUAAUGUCCGAUGAACCAGUUUGCUUUCCACCAACCACUUUGGCCAAUGAUUCCAGAAGACCAUGGAGCCAAAAAUUGUGUUGGUUUACCAGAAUUGGUUUGACAUUCAGUAGGACAUACACUGCUAUUCCUGAAGGAUUACAGCUUUUGUAUCAUCAUUUCAUACUUACUGUCAACAUUUAAGGGCCCAAUUGGUGGGUUUCACUCAUAUCAACAAAAACUAAGAAACAAGUCAUGUUCCUCAAGAUGAUCAGUGUCAAUUUAUGUCUUUAUAUGAUCAUUGGAACAUCUUGGAAACACAAUGGCUCCAUUCAGACCAUGUUGUCCAUGGUAAAUAUUUGCGCCCGUUACUCGACCUGGUCCAGAAAGGGUUCUGCCAAGAGGAUGUGCACUUUUUUUUAUAAGAGUUUGCAGACUUUUUGAAAACAUUCAAUGUUUGACAAGUUGAGAACUGGUCCAUCUAUAGACUUUAUUGAAACGAUUAAAAAACAAAAGACUAUAACAAAUUUACACUUGUAAGAUAUCUACGUGAUGUCAAAGACUGGCUAGCACUGCAAUCCACAACAUAAAGCACUGAAGAAGCCUUGGCCCCUGUAGGGAUGUUUAUCAAGAGACUAUUUAUAAUAGGAAAAAUGGGGACUGCCUGCUUUUUUCAAUAAAUUUAUGUGUAUAUUCCCGCCCUUAUCCCCCCCCCCCCUCCUUCCUCUUUGUUUUUCCCUAUAUAAGUAUGUUUGUAAGAUAUUUUUGGUGUGUGAAUUGUGGUAUUUUUUGGUAACCUGGCGGCAAAAUCUUGUUUAUUUUGCUGGUUGAUCUGGCUAAUUAUUAAAUACAGUAUCAAUUAUUAAUUUGGAGUA